CGAGGAGCAGGUUAGGCUGCGCGGCAGCGCAGAGGGUUUUCCUGUGCCGCCAUCUUGGCAGCGGCGCUGAGGAGGGAGGCGGGGGGCGGCCGCCUGCCCGCUCCGGCCAUGGCAGCCACCGCCGCCAACCCGGAAAUGGCAUCAGAUGUUUCCUCGCUGGGUGCAGCCGUCAGCUCCGGGAACCCUGGACAGGGUGCGCAAGCUGGAGGAGCCAUCGUUCAGAGAGCCAACAAGAGGCGUCCCGGGCUUGAUUUUGAUGAUGAUGGAGAAGGGAACAGUAAAUUCCUCAGAUGCGAUGAUGACCCGAUGCCAAAUGAUAAAGAGAGGUUUGCCAGGUCUGAUGAUGAACAGAGUUCAGCGGAUAAGGAGAGACUUGCCAGGGAAAAUCACAGCGAGAUUGAACGUAGGCGAAGGAACAAGAUGACUGCCUACAUCACAGAGCUCUCGGACAUGGUGCCCACCUGCAGUGCCCUGGCCCGCAAACCAGACAAGCUCACCAUCUUGCGCAUGGCUGUCUCUCACAUGAAGUCCCUGCGCGGCACAGGCAAUACCUCCACUGACGGCACCUACAAACCCUCCUUUCUCACUGACCAGGAACUCAAACACCUGAUCCUAGAGGCAGCCGACGGCUUUCUGUUCAUAGUGUCCUGUGAGACCGGGAGGGUGGUCUAUGUCUCUGAUUCGGUCACUCCCGUCCUGAACCAGCCCCAGUCCGAGUGGUUUGGCAGCACCCUGUACGACCAGGUGCACCCAGAUGACGUGGGCAAGCUGAGGGAGCAGCUCUCCACAUCGGAGAAUGCCCUGACAGAAGGAACCAAACCCUGGUGCCUUUCUAACAAGGAUCCUGCAGCCCCCCCUGAGAAUGCAUCUAAAGGCCGCAUCCUAGAUCUGAAGACGGGGACUGUCAAGAAGGAAGGCCAGCAGUCCAUGAGGAUGUGUAUGGGCUCCCGAAGAUCUUUCAUCUGCCGAAUGAGGUGUGGCAACAGCUCGGUGGAUCCAGUCUCUGUAAAUCGUCUCAGCUUUAUGAGGAAUCGCUGCAGGAAUGGCUUAGGUGCCGCAAAAGAUGGUGAACCUCACUACGUUGUGGUGCAUUGCACGGGUUACAUAAAAGCCUGGCCCCCUGCAGGUGUUUCGCUGCCUGAUGAUGACCCGGACGCUGGCCAGGGCAGCAAGUUUUGCCUCGUGGCUAUUGGCAGGCUCCAGGUCACUAGCUCACCCAACUGCACAGACAUGAACAAUGUUUGUCAGCCAACAGAGUUCAUCUCCCGACACAACACCGAAGGCAUUUUCACCUUCAUAGAUCACCGCUGUGUGGCUACUGUUGGCUACCAGCCACAGGAACUUCUGGGGAAAGACAUUGUGGAUUUCUGCCACCCAGAAGACCAGCAGCUUUUGCGGGACAGCUUUCAGCAGGUGGUGAAGUUAAAAGGCCAGGUUCUGUCAGUCAUGUUCCGAUUCCGAUCCAAAAACCGGGAAUGGCUCUGGAUGAGAACCAGCUCCUUUACCUUCCAGAACCCCUACUCGGAUGAAAUUGAGUACAUCAUCUGUACCAACACCAACGUCAAGAACUCGAGCCAGGAGUCUCGGCCUGCCCUGUCAAACUCCAUGCCGAGGCCCCAGCUGGGGCAGAGUGUCAGCCUUCCCCUGGAGAUGGGCACGGCCCAGCUGCCCUCAAGGCAGCAGCAGCCUCCACAACAGACAGAACUGGAAGUGGGCCCAGGAAGGGAGAGCCUGUCUGGUUACGACCACUCACAGGUUCCCGUUCAGCCUGUGACCGCUGCCGGCCCCGAGCACAGCAAGCCCUUGGAGAAGGCAGAGAGCCUUUUUAAUCAGGAGCGGGACCCAAGGUUCGGCGAGAUCUACAGCGGUAUCAAUACAGACCAGAACAAAGCCAUUCCUGCCAGCACAGUGCCUGCCAACCAGCCCCUCUUUACGCAGGGAAACACCUUCACCCCAUCGCGACCUGCCGAGAACUUCAGGAGCAGCAGCAUGGUGCCUCCUGUGAACAUUAUUCAGCAGCAGCCCUCGUCAGCAGGCCGGAUCUUAGCACAGAUUUCGCGCCACUCCAACCCAGCUCAGGCCAGCGGAACUAACUGGGCUCCGGGGACACGGCCAGCAUUCACGCCCCAGCAAGUGGCAUCCCAGACGGUGAAGACUCGGCCCCCUUCCUUCAGCAUGGGGACUUUCCAAAGCACCCCGUCCUCCUUCAGCCCCAUGACCGCACCUGGCUCUACAGCUUCCCCUACCGGCGCGGCUUACCCGAACCUUGCGAGCCGUGGCACUGGCUUUACCGCAGAGGCAGCGCAGACCCCUGCCCCGUUCCAGACGCGGGCAGCCGAAGGUGUGGGGAUGUGGCCGCAGUGGCAAGGACAGCACCACGGCCCGGCCUCCGGGGAGCAACACGUGCAGCAGCCGCAGCCAAGCCAGCCUGAGGUCUUCUCAGACAUGCUGACAAUGCUGGGAGACCAAGGACCCAACUACAACAACGAAGAGUUCCCAGAGUUGAAUAUAUUCCCUUCUUUUUCAGAAUAAAAUAAGCCCUAGGGGGGGAAGCGAAUUAUAGCUCUAUAUAAUAUCCACGUGUAAAGGAAAACACCUAAGUCUUUUUUUCAAAGACUGCUGAACUUUCUGAACACUUCCUACCUUCCGGAGGCGAGACUUUGCCCGGCAGCCUGGAGGAGGGCUGGCCGUGCUGCGGGAGGAAGAUGCUGUGGUUUUGGGCUCCUCCUCUGCGCGGCGCUGGCGGCGGGGGACUGUUCGCCUGGAGGCCUCAGGACUCGAGUGCUGCGAGAGCGGCUGCGCUCAUUGACCAAAGGCCCCGUGUUUCCGGAGCCGCUCCCUCGCGGUUCUCGUUCUGCACGCUGGGUUGGUCGGAGGGAUUCCUGUCUGGAUUACAGACAGCCCUUCCAAACUCAUAAGCUUUGAAUCUUCUGGCUUCUUCAGUGGAAAAAAACUUGCGGCAACUCCUGGUCUCCUCAGGGUGCGUAGGGGCUGGAACAACAGUUUGAUUUCCUCCCCCUGUGAUGGCGAGCCUUGCUUCGAUUUCAACAGGAAAAUUUCUUCAUUGCAGCGUUGGACUUGGAAGGAAACUUGGCACAACUGCAGCGGGGGGAAGAAUACGAAGCUUUCCUGGAAGGCUGGUUUUGUUUUGGAUGAAAUCUGGGUAUUUUUCCCUCCUCCCUGCGCUGAGACCCCCAGGCUGGCUGGGAGCGCCCUCUCCGCCGGCGUGGGGCAGGCGGGGACGUGGCGUUUGGACUGAUGGGUCUUGGUGCUGCCACGAUGGGGGAGACGCUCCGAAGAGCGGAUUUCGGAGACGUACUCAGCUGAUAACAUCCCUGUGGGGAAGGCUUUGAAAUAUUUGCAUUGCUCACUGUCAAGUUCAGUGCUUGCAGAGACGUGGAGAGGUUCCUCUUGGUAGUGGAGCAGAAAGCUUUCAGGUUUCUCUCCUGCUUUUGUUGGAAAACUGAGAUUUGGAGGAUUUUUUUUUUAAAUUUUUUUUUCUCUCACUUAAACCACCAAGUUCAAAUUUAACCAUGGAGAGGUGGGAACCUCCCAUCAGGGAGUUUGGAAACGUCCCCUGAGCCACCCCCAUCCUUUUACCCUGGGGAGAAUGCUACCAGCAAUAACCACGAUGGGCCCCUCUUUGUCCGCAGCAGCCCCUCGCAUCCUGCGCCCUCCCUGUGGCCGGGCUGGGGUGUUUUCUUGGGUUUAGAAGAGAUGUAUUUUGUAAAGCAGCAAGGUUUUAACCAUCCCGGGUAUUCGUACCGGGGCUCACAACGCCUGCUUGCAACACGAAGGGGGGGCACACGAAGGACCAGCGCUGAGCUGCACCGUCCUCCAGCGUCGCAGCCCCGUCGACCCCACCACUGCCAAAGGAGGAGGAAAAUUCCCAUUUCAGCAGCAAUGGAGCCCUGGAGAACUGGACCUUUUCUGAAGCUCCGGCUCCGAUGCUUUCUGGAGUGAUGUCCGGCCGCUGGGCAGCAGCAGGAGCUGGACUUGCUUGUGGUGCUUCAAACUUCCUCCCCCGCAGUACGCUGGGCCCUGGGUGCCGCAUGGAUGAAAAGCAACGACUUCAACUCUACGUGUCCCCAGCUCAGAGCCCGUCUCUCCCUGAGCUGUCAGGGGUGACGCUGCCCUAGCGCUCCCCCCCCCCGCCAAGUUUUGGGUCCCUGCGAUGGACAAUUCAAGCUGCUGGGGAAAAGAAACCAGCUGAAGCAGCCGGCAAACGCCGAACCUGCUUGGCGACGCUGGCAGCAGCGGAGGACAAGGACUGGUGAGGGGCUGGCGGGGUCUCAGCAUCUGAUACCCCCCUGCCACGGGGUCCUGGGGGCUGUGGCGGGGCGGUGGGGGACAUGGGACAGAGCUGGCGGGGAGAGGUUCUUUCUGUCACAUCCUGUUUUGAUAAUUGUAUUAUUUUUCAAUGUGUGUGUGGGGGGGGGUUAUUUUGUCGUACAAUCGCUUGGGGCAGGCUGGAGCCAAACCCCCUCCUCGGGAAGGG